CUUGAUCCUUUCAGUUGCCAGACUCCAGAAACCCUAGCAAGACAGAGAGCGAGGGAGAGAGCGAAGAUGAAGUACAACCCUCGCGUCACCAGCUCCCGCCGCAAGAACCGGAAGGCCCACUUCACGGCGCCGUCGAGCGUCCGCCGCGUCCUGAUGAGCGCGCCCGUGAGCUCCGACCUCCGGGCGAAGUACAGCGUGCGGUCGAUGCCGGUGCGCAAGGACGACGAGGUCCAGGUGGUCCGCGGCACUUACAAGGGCCGCGAGGGGAAGGUCGUCCAGGUCUAUCGCAAGAAGUGGGUCAUCCACAUCGAGCGCAUCACUCGCGAGAAGGUCAAUGGGUCGACCGUGAACGUGGGGAUCCAUCCCUCGAAGGUCUUGAUCACGAAGCUCCGGCUCGACAAGGACCGCAAGUCCCUGCUCGAUCGCAAGGCCCAGGGACGCGCUGCCGCUGACAAGGACAAGGGGACCAAGUUCACGGCCGAGGAUGUCAUGCAGAACAUCGAUUAAGGGAGAGAGAUGGACAGUGAGGAAGGCCCUUUUUACUCAUUUUGUUGUCCAUUCGGCGAUAAUUUUCGUUGUGUUCUUACUUCAAAAGAUUAUUGGCUGUUAUAUCCAAGGAUUUUGCUUUAGAUGUCUGGAAUACCCUGCUUUUUUUUUUUAAAUCUACGAACCAGAUGGGAUAUUCUGUCUCCUACGUUAGUAUUUUGUGCCGAUUCCGUGUGAUUGCUUUGCUUCUUUCGUUAU